AUGAGUCCCUCUCCAGCACUGCACGCUGCUGCCUUCCAGGGCAUUGGUGCACCCGACAUUCAACGUUUCCACAUCAACCUAUCCGUUGGAUCCAACGUCAACAGAUACCCAGCGAAACAGCAUGCUCGCAAAGUUGCUUCUAAGCUCGGUAUUAGCCGAGGCCUUAUCUACCUAGUUGGAAAACCCACUGUAUUCCUCGAUGACUCAGAUCAAACCAUACCAUUCCGGCAGCGACGAUACUUUUACUACUUGAGCGGUGCGAACGAACCAGAUUGUCAUCUUACCUACGAUAUCGCCAAAGAUCACCUUACCUUAUACGUGCCCGAUUUUGAUUUGCGACAGACAGUGUGGAUGGGUCCUACUAUCUCCAUUGGGGAAGCUCUGGAUAGAUACGACAUCGAUAAUGCCCGGUACGCAGGGUCCCUGCAAACCGAUAUCAGUGGCUGGCUCCGUCUGCGCGGCGAUGACUCCCAAAUCAUUCUUCUUCACCCCGACCAUCGACCGCCCAUUGAGUACGAACAAGAUCUAUUCGAGACAAAAAAUUUGGUCCCGGCCAUGAAUGCGGCUCGCGGAGUCAAGGACUCUUACGAAAUCGAAAUGAUCCGAAAAGCAAAUAUCGUUUCCGGAUUGGCGCAUACGGCUGUGUUGGAGAAAAUCGGACAGAUGACGAAUGAAUCCGAUAUCGCCGGCCUGUUUUUGGAGACCUGUAUGACUCACGGGGCUCCAGACCAAGCUUACGGCAUCAUAGCCGCUUCGGGCGAGAAUGGAGCGACGCUACAUUACAUGAAGAAUAAUGAGGAUUUUGGUAAUCGGCUCUCAGUUUGUCUGGAUGCUGGUGCCGAGUAUGAAUGUUAUGCAUCAGAUGUCACGCGCACAUUCCCGAUUAGUCGGACGGGUGAAUGGCCUACUCCAGAAGUACGAGAUAUCUAUCUUGCGGUCGAAAGGAUGCAGGAAGAAUGUAUACGCUUGAUCAAGCCUGGAGUCCGCUUCCGUGAUGUGCAUCUGCACGCCAGCCGCGUCGCCGUCGAAGAGUUGCUGAAGCUCGGCGUCUUUCAGAAGGACAAUUCUGUCGAUGCAAUCAUGGCUUCUGGAGCAGUCUCUGUUUUCUUCCCACAUGGUCUAGGUCACCAUGUCGGAUUAGAGGUCCACGAUGUUGCUGAACAGUCCGUGAUGGCAGCCACCGAUGAUUCGUCACCGAGGACGCGGGUUCGAGGAUUCCUAAUGCAGCCCGCCAGUGCUAUGUCAGCAGCACUUCUAGAAGAAAGCAUGAUCGUGACUGUCGAGCCAGGAAUCUAUUUCAACCGCUUAGCGCUAAAGAAUGCGCGAACAUUACCCAUUGCCCGAUUUAUCGACUUUGAUGUAGUGGAGAGGUACUACCCUAUUGGUGGUGUCCGUAUCGAAGACGAUAUACUUGUCACGGCUACGGGGUACGAGAACCUUACCACGGCUCCUAAAGGUGAGGAAGCAUUGGAUAUAAUCCGAAGGAGCUCUGUGAAGAGCUCUAGAGCAUGA